AUGAGUUACCUUCUGGACGACAAGAAAAUUCUACUGAAGGAACUGUUUAUUCGGAAUGAGGAUAUAAAGAGAGAAAAUGAAAACAUCGAGUUGGAGAACAGAGCUUUUUUAAAAUUGAUUGAGAGUUACGAAGAGCAGACGAAACUGCUGAAGGUGCUCCCAUACCUUCAUCACGUGUGUACCAGUCUGUACGGCGUGGAGAAUGAAAUAAACUUCAACCUACCAAAAGAUGAGUUUGGACCCCAUCUGAAUGAACUCUUGGAUAAGGCGAUAGAAAAUUACAAAAAUGUUUUAAAAAAUAUAUUAGCAAAGUCGGGAGUAGAUGGGAGGUCUCCUAACACUGGAUUGUCUGAACACGAGGUUACCAAGGAUGAACUCACAAACAGGGUGUACAGCAUUGACAUCGAUGACAUGGUUUGUGUUUCUCGGGGAUCCAAUUCAAACGAACCGUUAGUUCGUGAACAAUCGGAGGGGAAAGACACACCAGGGGCGGCGACGGCAGAGGAGGAGCCUAACGAAAGAGAAGUACCCCGAGCGGAAGAGCACGACGCAUCUCCCUGUCAGACGAACGAGAAAAACAUUUGUCUGCACUGGGAGCGGGAGGAGUCCACGGGGGAGUUUUACUCCAUUCAGUCGUGCGAGGCGCAUGAAGAUAUCCAAAGGAGUCGCCUGAACCUGGCCGAGAAGGAACAACUGACGGUGAACGAGAUAGAAAAGCUUAAAGGGAAGAUAAAAAAAAGCACCGUUUAUUAUGACAACGCAAAAACGAUGAUCCUCUCCAUGAUCACUCAGUGUAAAAUUCUCCUUUUUGAAUUGGACGAGGAUAUAAAAAGUUACAACGCAUGGAGAGAGAAAAUGAAAAAAGACAACUACAUAAUGAAACGGAAGGAUUGUUUAAAUGCAUUUUUCAGUGAUAUCGUUAAGAAGCAUCGAGACAAAGUCGGAGAGGCCAGAAAGACAAAUCACACUUUGCUAAACUUAUAUAGGAAAAAGUAUUCUAACAUGAACUAUAUAAUUACGAUUAAUGAAAAUAUCAACAAUGUUGACUUUAGGUACCUGCACGUGCUCAUCCACAAUCAGAAGCUGAACUAUGAUCGCCUAAUGCGAGAACACGAGGAUAGCUACUCCUGCUUAAGGAAACUGCUGAACGAAAUAAGAGAGACGCACAAUAAAAUUGAAGAACGGGAGGGGAGGAGAAAAGAAAUGCAGACCAUCAUCGAAAAAAACAACUGCACUCUGAACGAAAUGAACAAGAUGAUAAUCGACCUCACCAACAAGAUUGACACGACCAAUAACAUCUCCAAUAAAAUGAACCAGUACGAAGAUGUCGGAGCCAUGGGAAAAAACUCGGUCCUGCAGUGCAUACAACUGAACAAAGACAUCAACAAUGUGGAGAAAAAAAUAAAGUCUUAUGAACGAAAAAUUGACAUUACCAAGAAUGUAAAGGUUAAGACGGAGGGGAAGCGGGAUGGGACAAAAGGUUAA